AUUGCAUCUUGAUAGCUUUAUUUUGACUGAGGGAUGUCACAAUGAAACGCCUGCCAGGUUUUGCACUGUGGAGGAGCUGCACUCUUUGUUUUCAUUCGGGGGCCCUUGAGCAGCCAUCUCGCAGACUAUGUGCUACGAUUUUUAUAAAGCAACCUGUUCUCAGAUCACACCAUGAAAAUAGAUGCCCUCUUGGUGUCCAUGGGCUUCAGCCAAGAAGAAGCUGCUCUCAUGGCAUGGGUGCUCUCUGGCAUAAUGUUACCUUGCAGAAUUACUUGCAGUCUUUAGUCAAGGAGCAUGGACGACUGGGGGAAAUGUUAAAUCGUACAUUAAAAGAAGAGGAGCGCAAAACUCUGAGCAUUCAGCACGCUCAACUGUCUUCUCUUUGUUCUUUGCUGUUCCAAAUACAAGAAGCAGAAGAAGAAUGCAAAGAGUUGGAUGCCAUGUGUGCUGAUCUCACAUCCAGAGAAGAGGAACAGUUGCUGAGCCUUGCACUGGAAGAAAAGGAUGCUAUAAAUCAGAACAUUACACGUCUACGUACAAAGCUGUUGCAACUUCUUGUGCCUCCGGAAAAAUAUGACAAGAAUGAUGCAAUACUAGAGGUGGUGUCUGGCAGAACUACUGGAGGUGAUAUUUGCCAGCAGUUUACUGGAGAGAUUUUUGACAUGUACCAAAACUAUGCACACUACAAGUCUUGGACAUUUGAGAUCCUGAAUUACACAGCAGCAGACUGUGGAGGGCUGCACCAUGCAGCUGCACGUAUUGCUGGAGAAGGAGUAUACAAGCGUUUGAAAUAUGAAGGAGGAGUUCACAGAGUUCAGCGGAUUCCACAGGUGGGCCUUUCCUCUAGGAUGCAGAGGAUUCACACAGGAACCAUGGCUGUCAUUGUCCUUCCACAGCCAGAUGAGGUUGAUAUUAAAAUUGAUCCAAAGGAAUUAAGAAUUGAUACAUUCAGAGCUAAAGGGGCUGGAGGUCAGCAUGUUAAUACGACAGACAGUGCAGUGAGGAUUGUUCACAUACCUACAGGAAUAUCAACGGAGUGCCAAGAAGGACGUUCUCAAAUUAUGAACAAGGAAACUGCUAUGAAGAUGCUUAGAGCUAAACUCUUUGAACAGAAAAUAAAUCAAGAGCUAUCCCAAAGGAAAAAUUCCAGGAAACUGCAAGUGGGUACAAGAGAUCAGUCUGACCGAAUUCGCACGUACAAUUUCACUCAGGACAGACUAACGGACCAUCGGAUAUCCUUUGAAUCCCGCAAUUUAAAGGAAUUUAUAAAUGGAGAAGACCUUUUGGAAGACUUAAUAGAAAGGUUACAGCAGUCAGCAGAUGCAGAGGCUCUUCUUGAAGUCAUAGAAAACGAUUCCUUAAGUCUAAACAGAUGAAGAUCUGCUUUGCAGCACUAUAGUGUCAAUCACAGUGUCUAUUACCUGACAGACCUUGAGGAGUUUCCAGAUCUUUAUAAGCUCAGCUGUUCUAUCAUAGUCUCCACAUCUGCCUCAU